AUGAAGGAAGAGGAGGACGAGCAGCAACAUAGUAGUAGUAGUAGUAGUAGUAGUAGUAGUAGUAGUAGUAGUAGUAGUAGUAGUAGUAGUAGUAGUAGUAGUAGUAGUAGUAGUAGUAGUAGUAGUAGUAGUAGUAGUAGUAGUAGUAGUAGUAGUAGUAGUAGUAGUAGUAGUAGUAGUAGUAGUAGUAGUAGUAGUAGUAGUAGUAGUAGUAGUAGUAGUAGUAGUAGUAGUAGUAGUAGUAGUAGUAGUAGUAGUAGUAGUAGUAGUAGUAGUAGUAGUAGUAGUAGUAGUAGUAGUAGUAGUAGUAGUAGUAGUAGUAGUAGUAGUAGUAGUAGUAGUAGUAGUAGUAGUAGUAGUAGUAGUAGUAGUAGUAGUAGUAGUAGUAGUAGUAGUAGUAGUAGUAGUAGUAGUAGUAGUAGUAGUAGUAGUAGUAGUAGUAGUAGUAGUAGUAGUAGUAGUAGUAGUAGUAGUAGUAGUAGUAGUAGUAGUAGUAGUAGUAGUAGUAGUAGUAGUAGUAGUAGUAGUAGUAGUAGUAGUAGUAGUAGUAGUAGUAGUAGUAGUAGUAGUAGUAGUAGUAGUAGUAGUAGUAGUAGUAGUAGUAGUAGUAGUAGUAGUAGUAGUAGUAGUAGUAGUAGUAGUAGUAGUAGUAGUAGUAGUAGUAGUAGUAGUAGUAGUAGUAGUAGUAGUAGUAGUAGUAGUAGUAGUAGUAGUAGUAGUAGUAGUAGUAGUAGUAGUAGUAGUAGUAGUAGUAGUAGUAGUAGUAGUAGUAGUAGUAGUAGUAGUAGUAGUAGUAGUAGUAGUAGUAGUAGUAGUAGUAGUAGUAGUAGUAGUAGUAGUAGUAGUAGUAGUAGUAGUAGUAGUAGUAGUAGUAGUAGUAGUAGUAGUAGUAGUAGUAGUAGUAGUAGUAGUAGUAGUAGUAGUAGUAGUAGUGAGUAG